AUGGGUAUAAAAGAACCGAUCGCCCUUUGGACCACACAGUGUGACAGUGAGCCAGGUUUAACCAUGAAUCUUCUGUGGCUACUAUUGUUGGUCGCUUUCGCCGCCGCCACCAGCACCAACGUCCCCGAAAAAGUGACGAGCACCAACGACGUGCCGGAACAAACAGUCACCGAGAAUCAGGUCCAGGUUAAUCCACAGGAUGGAGAGGGCGAUAAAAAACUAGCGAAAAGAAGUUACGGUUGGGGACCAUGGGGUGGUUAUGGAGGCUAUAGUUACGGAUGGCCUUGGUACGGUGGUCACGGAUGGUACUCUGGCUGGUACCCUGGUUGGCCUGUGUAUUAUGGUCACGGAUACGGUGGAUACGGUGGAUACGGAGGAUACGGUGGACACGGCGGAUACGGCGGAUACGGCGGAUAUCGCGGUUGGCACGGUGGCUGGUAA